ACUUAUGUAAUCGCUCAGCUGCCGGAUCAUCGCCUUUGACUCCUCUUCCUUUUUCCAGAGCUAGUAGCCUCAGUGCGUCAGUGCCAUACACUACUCACCACGAAGUGUGUAUGCUGACAUUCCCCAGCUUAGACGAGUUCUUACCUCUCAUCGCGACUCGCGUCGUCAUUUCUCAUAAUUGCCAGCGCACAAUCAGCACCGCCUGGCACCAUGGUGACGCUCAUCGAUCUACUCAGCACUACCUAUGCGCCGAUACAGACGAUGAUACUGCCCUAUCUCGACGUUGGCGAUGUCAUUGCUCUAGGUCGCACUUGCAAAGGUUUCGGUCAGAUCCAGCCGGUGCUCGAGGCCACGACGUACAACAUCAAUCAUCAACUCAAAAAAUUCUUCCAGGAUCCCAUCGAAUUCCGCUCGGUCCUAGGCGAAUGUAAUGGACUCAUCGGUAGAGAUUUUGCUCGUCAAUUCCUUUCUCUAUCUAAAAUUGCCACCGACACACUGGUCCUUUACGUGGGCGGUGCAGGAGCUGGUCCAAGAAAAAAGCUUCUGGAUAUCAUACGAACAAAUGGCUACGAGCUCGAAAACGAGACAUUCGGAGAAUUCUCCAAGCAGAACGGCACCCAUGGACGUCUUUACAUCGACUCCUGCAAUUGGGAAACGACGGCAAUUACAUGCCUCUUAGGCGAAGCCAGAACGACUGCCGAUGUGAGCUUCAUCUCUUGGAAUAAAGCUUACUCUCUUUUUCCGUACCACAACUUCAUCAAGAAAGAGAGUUUCAUGCUCGAGUUUAUUGAUGAUGACUACUCAAGAGUCAACCUCAACAAUCUGACAAAUGAGGGAAUAAAGACCAAGACAGUAUCAUGGUCGCAUCGAAAACACACGUUCAAGGUGAGCGAUGCCGGAUACGAUGAUGCAGAUGAGCUGAGACGGCGUCGACGCAUUGGCGACACGUUUUCGUGGGUACUCAAUCUGGAUGUCGAGGGCGUGCAGCCAUCACACGUUCCGGAUACAGUUCUCGAGAUAUCGACUUUCCGUCUGCAAUUGUCUUCGAAGUACGCAAACGAUUGGCAGGUCACCAACUACGAGGUUGAAUUCGAAGACAUCAUCUCCCAUCCAGUUCUGAGGCAUAGGUACAUCACGCUUACAGAGGAUACCUGUUACGAUGACGACGAGUUGUCACUGUUUGAUGCAAACGGCCAGCGCAUAAGAACAUCCCAUUUCACACGUAGAUGCGAUGAGCUUUGCGAUAGACUCGAUGAAUUGACCCUAGUCGAGCUCACAAAAAUCCCAUCCGCAGAGCGGCCCCCGCAGUUUGCACAGCUCUCCGCCGGUCAUGGUGCAAUCAAAGAGGCACACAAGACCAGGGGUUUGUUCAAGCUGCCGUCUACUUGGACCUUCUACGACGAUGAAGUCAUUGCGUUUCUUAACAAGACUUGGGUUGAGCAGCAACUGUUAGACAAGCGGGAAGAAGCCCGGCGAAAAGCAAUGUUCUUCGAGCUCGCCGAGAAGGAGCAGAUGGAAGCUAUAAAAAAGGGCAGGAGGGCAAGGGAAGAACUUGAAUAACAAAGGGAAGUAUUUUCAGCACGUCGCGUACGGUAGUCUGCUCACGACUCAAGAAAUGAUCUGAAGGUAAAUGGAGAACGAAGAACGAAAAUGCAGAGAUUGGACAUUGUAGUCAGAGGGUAUAAAAUGAUGAUGCCAAAGUACCCGCGCAAGGCAUACGGUCCGAUAGAAUGGGUCUGCGAAUUUUUCUGUUUUUUCAUGACGAACACACACACAUCGUCC